AUGGCGUCUUCUCAAGUGGAGAUUCCUUCUCCGUCACAGAGAUUCGGCUUGAUCCUUAGAGAUCGUAAUCAAAACGCCGUUUUCUCCCAGAAGAAUCUCAAAGCUCUGGUGAAAGACCAUAACCAGCUCUUCAAAUCUCCGGUCAACGACGAGAAUUCAGUCGAUUCUUGGAUCGAGUCUCAAAAUAAAAAGAGCAACAGCAACAAUCGUAUUAGAUUAACGGAGAAACCAAUCGUCAGAAAUUCGAGUGUUCUUGUCUCGAGGAAGGAGAAAUCAGAGGAGUCUAAGAUAAACGGAGCUUCUUCUCUCGUGCAGAUAUGGGAAGCGAGGCUAAACCGAUCCAACGGUGGAAACUCGCCGAGUCAUAUCCAAUCGACGGUGAGCAGUAGUCGAAGCGAUUCCGAAUCAGCUGAUGAAUUAGAAGUCGCGGAAGCUAAGAGUCCUGAUCGAACGGUGGAGAUUGAAUCUAGCUCGCAAGGUUCGGUUUCUGAUUCCAGAGAGAGCAAUUCCCGGCGAGUCGCUGAUUUAAUUCGGAGGCUAAGCAACGAAGAGAAACUAACCGCCGGAGACAAUGGCGGCGGCGGAAAUGGACUCGCGUUUAUCAGAACACCGAGGCCUUGCAUUACGUCGUCGGAGAAAACCAAUUUUCCGGUGGUUCAUUUCUCACCGAGGAUCCGAGGACGGCAAGCGUUUACCGAUCUGCUUAUUCAAAUGGAACGCGAUCGCUACAAGGAAUUGGAUGCGAUCCUUGAACGCAACGCAGUUUCUAGGUUUACUCAACGUGGACGUCUCCAGUCAAUGCUAAGGCUAAGGAACCUCAAACGCUGCCUAGCGAUUCAAGAUCGAAACCGGUCUAACGCAAAAACAACUGGAUUAAACCGGAUCGAAUCAGGCUCUACUGUCCUACAUUUAAGAGAGAAAUUUCGUGCAAACGUAGUAAACGCGGUGGCUGCAGCAGAUCAGAAGAAGGACCAUCACCGAUCCGCUGAGAAGAAUAACAAAGCCAUUGAAGAAACAAAGAGACCUACCGAGAGCAAGAAGGUCUCAAAGAACAGUGGUAUUACUCUAGAAGCUUUUUUCGCAGAGAGAUUGAGCCUCCGAAACCGCAAGAUAGAGGAAGCAACGUUAAUUAAGGAAGAAGAAACCGUAAAUGUAACAGUUGAAGCAAAAAUGAAUUGCCUUGAGAUGCAAGAAACAAGAAAAGCAGAGGAAACCUGCAAUGACCGCGAGGCUGAGAAGAAAGGAGAAGAGAAGCGGUUGCGAGAGAAGCAAAGUGAGAUCGAAAUUGGAGAUUGUAUGCAAGAAACUCCAGAAACGCAGACACAAGGUGUGUUACAACAUGAGAGUAAUGAGAUGGAUCAGUGCCUUGGGGAACAAGAAACAUCUUACUUGAAUGAUGGAUGGGAAGAACAAGAAGAGUAUGAAGAUGAGCAGUAUUAUUACGGAGAAACGAACAAUGACUGGCUUACCGAAAUAUCUCGGCCGCGAAGUCACUGGGAGGAACUGAGGAAGUCACGGUACUUGGAAGUAAUGAACACUAGGUCUGAGAAGGAAGACAUACGCAGACUCCUUGAGCGAAGGACGGUGACAGAUUUUCUGGAGAGUGGGUUGCGAGAGAAGAUUGAUAGUCUCAUGAUGUCCCGUGUGCAUACACAUCCGAAUAAGCAGUCUGAGAAAUGGGGAUUGCAACAGGAAGAAGAGAAGAUUGAUAUCGAAGAAGUAGAAGAAGAGCAAGACGAUAGAGAUGACUCGAGCCGAUCGUCUUCUUCACAUAUGUUUGCAUCGUCUCCUGCAGGAUCAUGGAGCUCUCAAGACACUGGCGUUACUUCUUCCACUCCUGUCUUGUCUGUUCACAGUCCUCAUUCACCUGAAAUGGAGCUGAUAAGCGGUAUGAGAUCACAGAUCCAGCAGCUUCAGCAAGAAAUGUCAUUGCUACGAGAUUCUGUCAAAACGUGUUUGGAUGCUAACGCGACCUUGCAACACGCUGUUCGAGAAAACCCUUUGAAACGAAAAUGCUGCGUCUGCGAUGAAACGCAGGUCGAGGCGGUUUUGUACAAGUGUGGACAUAUGUGCACGUGCCUGAAAUGUGCCAAUGAGCUACACUGGAGUGGAGGGAAGUGCCCGAUUUGCCGAGCUCACAUCGUGAACGUUGUCCGCGUCUUCUUCGAUACAAGAAACUGA